CCGCUGGGUCGUCCUCCCUAGAAGUGCAAGGACAGGACCCGCGUUAAUGAAGAGGCCAUAGAAAGGCCCGGGCCCGGCUCCCCGGGAGCAUCACCACAUGCAACGGGCGGCCGCCGAAUACGCCACCAGUUCGGGCAACUAUCAUGAGGACCUGCUGCACAACCUCUUCCAGGUUGUGCAAUUCACCGAGCCCGACCAUGCGCAGACGCUAGUGGAGAUGAUCCGCAACCAUGCCUCGCUGGAGGAGGUGCGCGCCUAUCUGGAUCAGGCCCUGGCGCAAGCCCGGGCCACGGCGCCGGACCAAGACGCCCUGGACCACCUGGAGGGCCUGCGACGCGGCAUCGAGGUCGAAAGUGAGCCGCCGCGGUUUCGCCCGCAAAUCAUGGAUAUCCGCUACUUGUGCGGCAGCGCCCCCUACCGCCUCCCUGCCAAACCAUGGACCUCCGUCACCGACGACGACGACCUGGUCUCGCACCUCGUCUCCCUGUAUCUCGUCUGGGACUAUCCCUUCUUCGCCUUUUUCGACAGCCAGAUCUUUGUCAAACACAUGGCUAUGGGCAAGGUCGAGUCCGACUUUUGCAGUCCCUUCCUAGUGAAUGCCCUCCUGGCCAACGCAUGCUACUACUCGCAAUAUUCCGAAGCGUAUACCAUCCCCGGGGAUGUCCGCACGAAAGGUGCCGACUUCCUAGCCGAGGCCGAGCGCCACCUACAAUCGCAUCAGUUUGAAAAAGGUGGAGAUAUCCGCCUGGCUUCUCUGCAAGCGCAUCUGCUGCUGUAUGAGAGAUAUUCCCUGUCAGGUCAUGAUGAUUGGGGCUACACCAUGCUGCAUCGCGCCAUUGAAAUGGCCGAGUCGCUAGGCAUCGUGAACAAGCCCGACCUACAUCUCGCGCCAUCCCAGAUGUCCGAGGAUAUGAUUGUCUCGGUCAGGCGCACUGCAUGGGGUCUAUUUCAAGUCGAUACAGUCGUGCACACCAACUUCCUCCGACCGAGCCGCGUGAGGUCCGUGAGCGUCGAACGCAUCAAUCGGAACGACACUGAUCUAAGUGACAUGUGGACGCCAUACCCAGUCUCCAAUCUCUCGCGGCCGUCAUACAUGAGCUUGUACUUCGAUGAAGCGUUCAGGUCGGAGACCGAUCCGGAUCAGCGCAAGCAAGAUCUCUAUGAUCAGCUGUGCCAGUGGGAAGCGAACCUACCGGACAGCUUCGAUCCGUCUGAGCGACUGGCCCCGCAUCUGCUCUUACUCAGAAUGCGAUACCACACGCUAGUUAUCAAUCUUUGCUUCGACCGGUUUGGGGUCCACCCACUACUGUCGGAAUCCGACGAGCGCACGCCCCCCAGAAGCAAAGGAUUCAGCUCCCAGGACAUCGCCAUUUCCUCGGCGCGGACCAUCGCCAGCCUCUCGCAACAACUCCGGUCGGAGUACGGCAUGGAGCACGCCCAUCAGUUCGCCAUGUAUGCUAUCAAUCUCGCCCUAUUCACCCUUCUCGACCAGGACCACUUCGACAUCCUCGACCGGGACUUCCUGACGCUGACCAGCGCCAUGUCCAUCAUCGCCUGUCGCUCGCAGCUCGGACGGAGCGUGUUCCACCUCUUCAAGUUGGCCGUGCGGUCCCGCAACCAAGGGGACCGGGUGCAACAGUCGGAGGAAGUACCGCCCGGGAUCAAGGAGCUGUUCCAGCAGGACUCGCAGUCGCGGACCCCCGACCGCUGGGAUCGCUACGCGGAGAACCUGACCAAGUUGGAUGGCGAAACCAGCGCUAUCGACACCCGUGAAGCCCCAGACCCGUUGGCCAACUAUGGCCUUCAUGACAUGCUAGAGCGGUACGAGAGGUUGAGUGUCGGGAAGGGGGAUGAAUGGGAAGAUCGCCGGCCGGGGGAAGAGUCGGCCUUUUGAUUUCAUGGACGGUUUGAUCUAGACGAUGUCUUCUACAUGAAUUGCCCAACA